UCAAUUUGUCAUUGCAAUGUCAUUCCUGUAUGCCUGUAGUUUAGGAAUGUGUCUUUUGAUCUAUGCGGACUGCAGUGACAUGAGUAUUGAGGUCCAUGGUGUUUCUAUUUUAUUUCUCUGUAGGAAUGGAAGACGUCGAUAGAUGUGAGGAGGAGCUUAUUGAGUAUGCCAUUCGAGAGAGUAUUCGAGAUGUAUCAAUAGACAGGUAUUCAGAAAAUGGAGAGGAUUUACAUGAAUUCAGUGGUGACUAUCUGAGGAUAGUGACUGCCAUCGAGCAAGGUGAUGUGUGUACCCUGCAGGAGCUGUCUGGGUUGCAGGCUUUCACAGAGAGGGACAGCAGAGGGUGGCUUCCCCUACACAGAGCCGCUGUGCAGUCCCAGGGAGAGGUCUUGGAUCAGGUCCUGCUGGCUUCCUGUGAUGUGACUGUGGAUGAUGUGACUGCAGACGGUGACACAGCGUUGAUUCUGGCUGCUCAGGAGGGUCUGCUGGAGAACGUCAGGACUCUACUGCAGCAUGGAGCGUCUCCACACAAAACCAACAGCCUGCAGCAUGGACCUUGUCUGUUAGCGGUGAGAGAGGGAUCAUAUGACAUGGUGUCCACUCUGAUCAUUUGUGGGGCCUUCGUGGAACAGGUGUGUCUGAAGAAAUGGAUGGCCAUUCACGAAGCAGCCAAGGUGGGCUGCAGUGCCAUCCUGGUGCUUCUGCUGAGACAUGGGGCCAAGGUGACAGCUGUAGAUGGGCACAAUGUCACCCCGCUGGGCAUCGCAGCAGAGUACGCCCACGUGGAGGUCCUGGAUAUACUCAUAAAGAACGGUGGCGACGUGAACGCCCAGGCGUAUAACGGAGACAGUGUUCUGUACGAUGCAGCCGGCUCAGGGAACCUGGACUGCAUAUACCUCCUCCUGCAAGCUGGAGCCAACCCUAACAUAGCCAGUCUGGCCUGCCAGCUGCCCAUACACAGAGCUGCCUAUGAGGGACACAUCCUUGCUCUGAGGACCUUCAUCCCCAUCACAACUAAGAGAGCCAUCCGUCUGUCUGGCCAGAGCCCAGUCCACUCGGCAGCAGAUGGAGGCCAUGUUGACUGUCUAGAGCUGCUCAUAGAGAAAGGCUUCGAUGUCAACGCUCAGCUGGACACACACAUCUCAGAGAACUACGGGGACAUGAGGCGGAGUCCGCUGUACUUCGCCGUAUCCAACAGUGAUCUCACCUGCACAGAGAUGCUGCUGGCUGCCGGCGCCAAAACUGACCUGGACCCGCUACGCUGCUUCCUGGUGGCUGUACGCGCUGGGAGGUAUGAGCUGGUGCGUCUGCUAUUGUCCAGGGGUGCCGAGGUCAACUGCUACUUCAGAAUGAUCAGUGACACACUGUUUCCCACCGCGUUGCAGUACUGUCUCAGAGAUCACAUGAUUCUGCGCCUGCUGCUCAACAACGGCUACGACGUAGACAAGUGCUUCAUGUGUAACCAUGGCAACGGGCAGGAUAUGGACUGCGACUCCUGGGUCGACUACCGAAAUAACCAUAGAAGAACUUUAUUUUAUAACCAGGACUGCAGAGCUCCGUUCUGUGAAAUCAUCUCCCUGUCGUCGGUGGUCAACCUGGCGGGGAGUGUGGUACGGAUGCUUCUGGACUACAUCAGACACCCACGUAUCUGCCCCAACCUCCUACGGGUCCUGGAAAAACAGAAAGAGUGGCCAGACAUCUGUGACAUUCUGGACAACCCGCGGUCCCUGCAGCACCAGUGUCGUUUGGUCAUUAGGAGACAGAUGACCCCUAGAAGACUGAAUGACCCUCAGGUCAUGGUUGCCGUACCGUUCCCCCCGUCACUCAAACACUACCUCACCUACAGGGAGAACGACGAGUAUGGUGGGUUGGCAGCCACACACUCAUAAGAGGACUAUAUCAAUGAAAACAUAUUUAGAAGAAAAAAAAUAUCCUGUUCUGUACAUAACUGAUCUAUCACAUAAUGCUUUAGCUCAUAUAAUUAUGCUUAUAUGAAGUAUGGCAAGUGUACUUAUUGUGUAAUGUUUGUAAUAACUACAUUUAUUGUCACACUGAUAUAUGCUCUCUGAAUAGUCUGAAUAGUCCUUACCAUAGUACAUCUACUUCUACUAGACUGCACACAUUAGACAGCACAGCUGUGCAUCAUGGUACAGUGCAUGUAGUGUGAUCUACUCCUCAAGAUCUCCCCAUGGGAAAAGCAGGUCAGGACUAAAAAUAACUCUCAGAGCUCAUUCAGUUUAUACAUAGAGCUAAACACUCACUGGACACUGGUCUGAAUGACUCUGCUGCAAUGGACUGUUGACUUUUACAAUGACCCUGACACCUACCUGACUCAUUAGACCAGGGCUUAAAUCUAGAGAGAUCUAGACAUCCAUAUUAUACCCUCGAGGUUCUGGGAGUUAGUUGUGGAGCUCUGGAUCUGAGACUGUGUUGUCACUAGCCCUGUUUAUACCUGGUGCUAACAUGGAUUCUUUGUCCUGAUCUUGUCCACAUUCUGAUUGUGCCCACAUUUUUAGACCUGUGUAGACGAUUAAAAGAUGCAUUGUGAUCAGAUUUCCCUGACAACCUCCGGAGGUAGUCAGGCGUGCAAGUGUAGACAGAUCUGGACAGUGAAACAAUUUAAAUCAUCAUUAUCCAGCACUCUAAAAUCCUUGACAAGUGACUCAGUAUGAGUCUUAAAAUAAGUAAAUACAUAUUAUUUUGAAAGAAUGUCUGAAAAUGUGAAUAUUGACAAGAUCAGGACAGGAUGCAUGUUUGCACCAGGUAUAAACAAGGCUAUGGAGGCCUGUUGGGUGUACUACAAAGCAGAAUCAAUGAGUUAGCCAGCUAACUUUGAUAAACAACCAGAAAUAACUAUACAUUUUCAGGUUUAUUAUGAAAGCUUAACUUAGAUACUGUAUGUGUUUUUGGAAGUUGAAUCAAUUAGACCAUUCCAAGCGUAUCUUUCUGAAACAAAUAAGAAGUUAUUUCAGAAUAUUUAGGAGUUAGCUGGCUAACUCAAUUAUCCUGCUGUGUAGUGCAACCCUCAGCUCAACUCUCCCUGGCACACAGAGAGGGUAUGAGCCAGAUCUCGUAACAUUCCCCAAAUACAUGUUAGGAUUUUGGCCGUUUUCCCAAAGCAAAGUCAAGUAACCCUAAAAUACCAUUUGGUGGUAAUGUUACAAUCAGCAUCCACACAUGACUAUAGUCCUAUGCAGUGCCUGGUAUCCUCGACUCCAACCAAGCCUUAGGCCUUUACAGUUGCUGUAUUCAGAAAUCAUAUAGUUUAUUUAUUUAACUAGGCAAGUCAGUUAAGAAAAAAAAUCUUAUUUUAAAUGAUGGCCUAGGAA